ACGUUAUUGUUAUUUGAAUGCGUUUUCUCGCACGACAUUAACAUCCGGGUCUGCAACGCUUGGUGACGUUUUACAGGAAGUAGUCCUGUGAGUCAGCUGACCAAGCACCAACAGGUAGCACAUUCGCCAGAGAUGGCUUAUCCAAAGUCCCGCAACCCAUUUGCAGACGAUGAUGAAGACGAAGACAGCUUCCGGCCGACAAAUAAAGGCUUCGACAGUGAGGGUGAUGACAGUGGACUGAGCGACGCGGAGAGGAGACAGCGCUACCUCCAGCAGGAAGUGAUGCGCACAGCUCAGUCCGCCGUGGACAGCAGCUACCGUUCGAUUGGCCUUGUCUACGAAUCUGAAAAGAUGGGUGUGGAAACAGCGGAGGAGCUGAUGCGUCAGGGGGAAGUUCUAAAAAGGACGGACAAAAUGUUGGACAACAUGGAUGAGGACCUGAAGACCAGCCAGAAACACAUCAACAGCAUCAAGAGUGUUUGGGGUGGCCUGGUCAGUUACUUCAAGGGCAAACCUGAUCAGACCAAACCUCCGCCAGAGGAGCCCAAGCCGUACGAGGCAAAUGACAGAUUACAGAAUGCCUUGGCCACCAGCAGAGGGCAUGAAGACAAAUACCAAGCAAGUCAUCCCAACAUACGAAAGCUGCAGACAGAAGGGUUUGGAGCCACUGGAUCGGUAGAUGGCGGCUCCUCCGCACAAAAUGGAUAUCCUCAGAACAGACACCUUCGACAAGCUCACCAGACCUUGGACAACAAUUUAGAUGAAAUGGCAGAUGGCCUGAGCCGUCUUAAGAAACUCGGGUUGGGUCUGCAGUCUGAGAUUGACAGCCAGGAUGACCUAAUCGAUUCUGUGGGCAACAAAGUGGACAAGAUGGACACAAAGGUCAACAACGCAAACCAGCAGAUUAAAAGGCUCAAAUAAAACAAUUUUUUGGGACUUGAGACCUCACUGACAUCUUAUAAGUCAUCACUUGAUUUUACAUCGUGUCCUGAUCAAGAAAAUACUUGCAGAAUUUGUUUGGGGUUUUUUUGCUUCAUUUUAUUUGUAAAUGUAUCUCCCUCUCCCCACGAGCAAUCCUACCAUAUUUGCAUUGUGUGCAGCAAAGGAAAUACUCCAUGUUCGUAAAUUUGUAAGUGCUCUUCACCAGUCUAUGCACAUGCAUCUCUAUAAAUAUGAAUAUUGUGUAAAACUUUGAUUCAGUCAAACACUAUGUAUGAAAAGAUGCUGCCUUACAAUUUCCAAGCAUUCUAACAUCAGUUUGAGUCUUUUUUUUUCUGUCUUUCAUUUCUUACUGAGCCUUUUUUGCACUGAUCGGUUUGAUCAGUAUGAAUGUUCUACAUUUUACAGUGUAAUGCAAAUAUGAAUGAACUGGAAUCAUUUAGAUAUAACAUUAAAGUUGAAGGAAUAUCA